AUGGCGGGAGGUGAAAUCACCAACAACUGCUCCAAGGAAGGAGGAGCUGCCAGAAAUGAAAGCAAUAAGAAUUGUAUAAACGGCAACGAUAACGAUACUAAUGGAGCCACUAGAAAGAAAGCAAGUGCGAUGGAUCCGGAGGCUUUCUGUUGCGUGCUCCAACCGGUCGCUUCCGAUUCCGGUGAUUCCGGUACCGAUUACAUCGGCAUUCGCCGAAUUCUUCUAUCUCGUAAAGCGGAGUCCGGUUGUUAUCGCCGACUUGAUUGGAGAUGUAAUGGAAAAGGUUAUGUGGCGUACCGGAAUUUCAUGCGUAGGCCAAGAAACUGGGAAAAGUUACACACACCAAGCCGCACAAGCACUGCUGGAAAUAGUGGAAGAUGGUUAUCAGCUUCAAGUUCAUUCUCGCAUUUGUUUGAGUUGGAAAACUGGACCAACUCUAGCAAAGAUAAAGGUAGUGUCCCUGCUGCUUCAAAUCAAAGAACAAGUCUCAGCUCUAGAAUAAGUGACAGUGAUCGCCCACGUCAACAAGCAGUUGAACUUGCAUAUUCUUUUGUAGGAAUGCACUGCAUAUUUGAUCAGGGAAAAGCAGCUGCUACAGUUUUGAAGUUUGGGCACAUGAGUUCUGAUGUACUCGCAUAUGGGGCAUCGGAUGGGACUCUGGUAGUUUGCAAUGUCUCUGAGCCACCUUCAGUUAUCAAGCAAUUAAGCGGGCAUUCAAAAGAUGUCACAGAUUUUGAUUUCUCAUCAAACAAUCAAUACAUUGCAUCAUCAUCAAAGGACAAAACUGUGCGAGUAUGGGAUAUAUCAAAAGGCGUUUGCAUUCGAGUAAUAUAUGGAGUCUCUCCAAAAUUGUGUAUUAGAUUUCAUCCUGUAAACAACAACUUUCUUUCAGUUGGCAAUGUAAAUAAAGAGCUCACUGUCUUCAAUUUCAGCAUUGGUAGGGUAAUCACCAAAUUGAGUUUCGACAGCGAGGUUACUGCAAUGGACCAUGAUCAUGCCGGUCAGUUCAUUUUCUGUGGAGACGCACAGGGAUGCGUAUACUCUGUAAGUAUGGACUCCCGCACAGGUACAUUGUCGCGUUCUUAUCGAUAUCGGAGUAGCAACAAAAACAAACCAAAGUAUCCGGUUACGACCGUGCAGUACCGAAGUUUCUCUUCGAUGACAAAGGGUCCUGUGUUAUUGACAUGCACUCAAGAUGGAGUUAUCUUGUUCUUCAGUGUUGCCUUGGAAUCACAAGGCUACCUGACCCUGCGCUGCUCGCUCAAAUUAAGUUCGAGGGUUCACAGCACACGAGCAUCCUUCUGCCCUCUGAUUUCCGUUGACAAGGGAGAAUAUAUAGUCGUCGGGAGCGAGGAUUCCAACGUCGACUUCUACGACUUAACUCGGCCGAAGCAUAAAAGUGUAAACAAGCUUCAGGGUCAUAGUUUUCCGGUCAUAGAUGUAGCCUGGAACCACGGGGAGAAUUUGUUGGCUUCAUCAGAUCUUUCCGGCGUUGUUAUAGUAUGGAAAAGAGCCAAAACAUAAGAGAAGCCAAUACUAUGAUAAACAGAGAUACACACAGGU